UAUAGGAUUUUAUUUAUUCAUCUUUCUUUGUUUCUCCUUCUUCUCCUAUAUCAAGCCCUCUGCUGUUUAAAUCUUUAAAUAUAGCACAUGAUGAAUUCAUGUUAUAUGUGUUUGAUGCAUGUGCAUGGAUUAUGUGUGCGAAAGCAGUUAUGGUGUAAGAGCUACAGGGCUGAUAAGGUGGAAGCACUUCUUGGGUCACUUCAUGAGCCCAAGUAAAGAAGAUCAAGACACAAAACCUCCCAGUGGCAGGUCCUCUAAGCAGUCUGAUGCUGAUGGUCAAACCUUCAAUUUUAAUGACAUUUACCCUCAACUGAAAGACAUCUUCUAUCAACUGGAUUUGAAGGAGGGAGGAAGUAUCACUCAAGCAGACUUGCGACGUUUGCUGCAGAAACCAGAUGGGACUCACCCUCAAACCCCCCAUCGUUUCCUUCACCAUUCACGGAUCAAAGAGCUGUUUAAUGUACUGGAUCCAGAACACACUGGGUUAAUUCAACAGGCCAACCUGGAAAGACUCAACCCUAGCUUCACCCCUGCUCCCACAAGCAACACAGCACCAACACCUUCCCUCGACAACGCGCCAGAGCCGCUCAGCAUCUCUGAGGAAACAAAAUACAUCACAGCAGAUACAGAGGAACAAAAAACAGCAGAUCAAAUGGAAACCAAACAGUGGGCUGAUAAAGUUUCAUCUGCUUCAUGGAGAACAGUAGAGAGCCCACUGCUGGACAAUCUGAGUCAACAGCUCAGGUCGUUACAGGUGGUGCUGGAGCAGUUUGACCCUCAGCACACUGGAUAUGUCAUGCAGGAAGAUCUGACGAAGGCGCUGAGCUGCUGUGGCGUCGCAGAUGCACACUUCAAUAAAACAUGUACAUCAUCUCCCUUGGCGCUAAAACCAGUUUCGGGACAGCGGCCUCUCUCCAGCUCACAGGACCGAAUAGAGACCUGCUACAUUCCGCACAUUGUCUUCCAGAGGAUGAGAUCGAGAUUAGAGCAACACCACACCAGCCUGACAGACCGUAUCCAGGCUAUCAUUCCCAACCCUGAAACUGUGGACCUUACAGAAACGAAUCUAAAGAAGAUCCUAGAGGACAGUUGGGUCAUCUUGGACGAGGAGAAUUUCAACGAGUUCGCCAAAUGCCUGGGAGUCACGGAUGGACGGAUUAGACUCUCAGUGUUCCAGGCAAAAUACGAGGAGGCCAUGGGCAGCACAGGGGAUCAUCUGGACUCAGGGAGCAGUAAUUGUGAAAAAAAGAAGAUUGGGCCCCUUCUUACUUCUGCUGAGCAGUGUCUUGCUGCCUUAAAGACCAGGAUCAAGUUCAUUUAUGGGAACACUUUUGCAGCGUUCCGCUUGAUGGACAGGAAGUGUAGGGGCAUGGUCAACUCCCAUGAUUUUAAAGUGCUCUAUCAGAGCUUGGGAUUUUUUUGCAGCAAGGCAGAGUACAAUAAGCUGCUAGAUCGAAUUGGCCUGCGUCCUGGAGCAAAUCUGAACUAUGCCGAAUUUGUGAAUGUGAUUGAGAAUAAUGGCAAACAAGAAGCACCAAGCACUAAUAUACUUGACCAACUCCACGAACUUCUGGCAAGUGACGCACGCUACAAGUGGGCAGACAUGUCCAAGGUGUUGUGUCAGGUGGACUCCGACGGUCACAGCAGGGUCGAUAAAAAAAGCUUGAGGAGGCUCCUCUUCACCUAUGCUCUCCCCAUCAGGCACAGUGAGUUUGAUCAGCUGUGGUCGAGGUAUGAUGCAGAGGGGCGGGGCUUCUUAGCAGUUUGCGACUUCCUGGGAAAACUUGGGCUCCAUCAUAAAGGCGACAAGCUCAACCUGACUGUCUCCCAACCAGACCUUCCAAUUUUCAGUGACUCUGCCUCACUGGAACAGGUCAAGCACAUUUUGCAGGAGAACCAUGAAGAAUUGAGUGGAGCCUUGACCAACCUCGACACUAGGAAAGACGGCACUGUAACGGUGGAAGAGGUGCUGAGCCUGCUGCACGGCUAUGGCUGCUACACGCCAAGAGAGCAGUUCGUACGUCACCUGCAAAGACUCUGCAUUUCUAUGAAUGAUAACACCAAAAGGCUGCAUUACAUGGAUUUUCUAUCUGGAUUUGUCCCUGAAGUAGAGAAGAAUGAGCCACCACCUCCUGGUGCCGUACUGCAGAUAGAGUCUUUGGACAGCCUCAGUCCAGACAUGGCUCUGGCCAAAAUGCGAGAACGAGUUGCUUUUUCGGCACCCAGUCUCUAUAAGGCUUUCUCAGCCUUCGACCAGAAUGGGAAAGGGACCGUAACAGUUCUGGAGUUCCGACGCGUGCUGGACAGUUUUUGUGCUCGUCUCUCAGAAAAACAAUACAGGCACCUGUUGACCAAACUGGAGCUAGACUGUGAAAACUCCACAGUUAACUGGAAGGACUUCCUCAAGAAGUUUAAGAUAUCAGACAAGAAUCUGAGUAGAAGCACAGAGAAAGAGUCUAUACCGAGCUCCCUUGUUUACAAGGAAAUCUCUGGAAACACUGAGCUUCCACAACAGAUCCUAGAAGUGGCCUCAGAUCACCAAAUUGAAAUCACCAAAGAGUUGGUAGGUGCAGACGUGUCCAACACUGUCUCAAAGGAACAUCUCCAGCACCUCUGUGCUUGGCAUCGCCCGGAUUUAAGCAAUGAUCAGUUGGAGCACAUGUGGCGUCAGAUGCCCGCGACUGAGCAGAGAGAGCUGCAGUGCGGAGAAUUUGAGAAGCACUCGGCGAGAACGGGCAGGACCCAGUCUGCUCCCCAGGGCACCUCCAGGCAUCCGGCCUCGGUGGGGAGGCCUGGAACAGGAAGCCCUCCAGGUAGCAUGGAAAGGAGGCUGCAUGGAGCACUGAGGCGCUGCUGGAAGGAGAUUCAGAGGAAAUGCGCCACGGAAGACUCGCAGCGAGCGGGACGCAUCAGCACCGGUUCCUUUCUGGGAAUCCUUCAGUCUCUCAACAUCAGUGUGACGCAGGAGCAGUUCGAAGAUCUGGCUGCGAAAUACGGCUGCGUGAAUAAUGGCUGUGUUUUAUAUCACACCUUCCUCCAGCGUUUCCUGCUGAACCUGAACCCGGCGGAGACUGCAAAGGCUUUUGAGCGGCUUAAACUCCCUCUCCCAGCCACACCGAUGAGCCAGGGGGUUCUGACCAAAGACUGCACUGAGGUUAUGUUUAGGACCUACGACGUGGUUCAUUCAUCCUGGUCCUCCAUUCGGCGCUGCUUCCUGGCAUUAGACCGCGGCCGGACAGGAAGCGUCUCAGUGCAGGACUUCAGGAAGGUGCUGUGUCAUUUCGGCGUGACACUGUCAGAAGAUGAAUUUUUUCACCUCUGCUCAUACUUGGAUGCCAAUGCAACAGGAAAGAUCUGCUACAAUGACUUCCUGUGGGUGUUUCUUCAUUGACGUUCUUCCAGACACCUACAGUAUAGAAGCCUGCAAUGUCAAAAUCACGUUUUAGUGUCUUUAGUAAUAGUGUAUGAACACUGUGCAUGUGCCCUUGGGGUGGUAAAUAGCUGCACAAUGUUGAUUUCUGUCCUGGCCCCUGCUAAUACUUUAAUCUGGCGUUGACAGCAAGCAUUUCAAAUUGGAUCUACAGUAGCCUGACAUGACAAAUAGAUCCAUCAAGGCAAAACAUGGAAAAUAAAGAUUAACAGGGAGGAAUUGAUGAAAGCUUUGAGACUUUUGUUACUUCUGUUCUGUCUGCUGCCUCACUGUUUGACAUUAAUUCGUGUUCCAAAGCCACUCGCACCAAGUGGCUUUUUGUUUGGGUUUUUUUGUUUCCGAUGGGAACUGUGGAUUUAAAUAGAUGACGAGGCGACGUUUGUGAGUCGUGCAAAGAAACCGCUACAGCAGCGGGACAUAAUGUAUAGCACACAGAGAAGGGGGCGAGAAAUGUAAAGGACUGGGGAUGAUUAUCAGAGGAGGCGAAAAAAAGAGGAGCAGAUGGAAAUGCAAAUAGAUACUGUAUGAUGAGAGCUGAGAAGAGGAGCUUGAUGUUGUGAAUGAAGAGUAAGAGCAAAAAAGGAGGCGGGAGACAAGAGUAUAUGAAAGCUAGGUGUAUUAAUGGCAAAGUAAGAAGCUGCCUGCGAAUAAAUUACUCGGUCUCCCCCCGGGAUCACUAAUGUAAUUAUUUGAAUGAGGGUUCUCAUUAGAAUGUGCAAAGGUGUGGAAGACCUGUGGAACAAAACGCGAGACGGUUCAGCCGCUGGAAAUUAACUUGCCGCUCUGGGCUAAAUAAUUGAUACGAGACACAGUUACCUUUGAUUGGAACAAAAGGGAAAAGAUCCAGGACGAGGAAAAGUUUCCCCGCUGCCUCUAAUCUAGGAACGAAGAGACAAGAAUGAGAGACAAAGGGGAGAGUGAGGAGGGAAAUAAGAAAAAACAUGAUCCACUGGCCCACAGAUAAGAUUUAUUCAACCAUGAAUAAUUUCUCAGAACCAGCAGUUUUAAGAAAGGAAGGUACUUUACAUUUUUUAUAGUUGUCAUCUGGUGCAACGCAUCUCUACAGUACAGCAGCUGAAUCAUCAGUUUCUUAAACUUUUUCACUUUUUUAAACGUAGAAGUCCCUAACAGAGACGCAACAUAUGAACUUUUUCAUUCCAAAAUGUUAUGAUCCAUUAGAAAAACGACUGCAGAGUUCAGAAUCACCCAGCAUUGUUAAAUUUAAAACAACCAGUAAGUAAAAAAAAUGUCACCAAGGACACAAAUUACUUCCAGUCCUUUUGAAAUGCACCAUCGCAAUCUGCUUUCAGGUUUUAGCUGCCAAUCAUUCUGCCUGUGUAGGCGUCACCCCCCCCUCUGAUCCCCCCAUUUAUUUUUUUUUCUUAAAUGGCCUGUUUCUCAUUUUGGAACAAAACUCUUCAUAUGCAGAUUGUCCGAGUAGCAGAAGUCAUUUACUCUAUUAAGCAUGCCCCAACAAAUAAAUGAAGUAGUACUGUAGUAAUUUCUUUUUCUUAGAAUUAAAAAACCAAAAAAAAAACAGAAAACACACAA